CAAAAUAUAUCUUAACAAAAUUAUUGGCGUUGUAAUAAUUUGUGCUUGACAAUUAUGCUAAAUGUGUCAAACAAUUAUAAUUAAGAUUCUGUGGUCAGGCUAAAGUCCCACUCCAAAGCCAGGGGAGAAAAAAAAAUAUCUUCCCAUGUACAAAAGCUCUUUUGCAAAGCGGAUUAACAACAACGGGUAAUAUCGUGGGACGGUAGUUCCCUUCCCAAUGGCCGGAGCGGAGGCGAGAGGAAGACCUAGUACAUGGCAUUGGGGUCUGCAAAGUAUUGUGAGAGGCGCAGCGUUGUAUCUCUCUCUGGUCAUCUGCCUGAUCAGGUGCACGGAUUGUGCCAAGCCGAGUAACAUCGUGUUCAUUCUCACAGACGACCAGGAUGUCGUCCUUGGAGGAAUGACGCCUGUGAAGAAGGCCAAAGCCCUUAUUGGUGAUGCUGGUGUUUACUUCUCCAAUGCUUUUACGGUGACGCCGCUCUGCUGUCCGAGCCGCAGCAGCAUCCUGACGGGCCGGUACCCGCACAACCACGAGGUCCGAAACAACUCCCUGACAGGCAACUGCAGCAGCCCUGCGUGGCAGAAGGGCCCGGAGGCCCUGGCCUUCCCCGUGUACCUCAGCAAACUGCAGUACCAGACCUUCUACGGGGGGAAGUACCUCAACCAGUAUGGAAAGAAAGAGGCUGGAGAUGUGGACUAUGUUCCUCCUGGCUGGGACCAGUGGCAUGCGCUGGUGGGAAACUCCCAGUACUACAACUACACGCUCUCGGUGAACGGGAAAGAGGAGAAGCACGGGGACAUUUAUGAUAAGGACUACCUCACCGACCUCAUUGUAAACAGGUCUCUCAGUUUCCUUGAUGACCGGAGCCCCCAGCACCCGUUCUUCAUGAUGCUGUCCCCGCCUGCCCCCCACUCGCCCUGGACAGCCGCGCCCCAGUACGAGAAGGCCUUCAUCAACACGAAAGCUCCGCGGGAUGGAAGCUUUGACAAACCAGGAAAGGACAAGCACUGGUUACUACGGCAACCCCUCAACCCGAUGACCAACGGCUCUAUAGAUUUCCUGGACAAUGCUUUUCGCAGGAGGUGGCAGACCCUACUGUCGGUGGACGACCUGGUGGAGAAGGUGGUGAAGAAGUUGCAGGAUCUGAAGGAGCUGGACAACACCUACAUCUUCUUCUCCUCCGACCACGGAUACCACACAGGCCAGUUCUCUCUGCCUAUAGACAAGAGGCAGCUGUACGAGUUUGACAUUCGGGUUCCGCUCAUGGUUCGAGGCCCUGGCAUCAAGCCAAACCAGACCCUGAAGGCUCCAGUGCUGAACAUUGACUUUGGCCCCACCUUCCUGGACAUCGCCGGGGUUAACCUGACCGAGGUGAACAUGGAUGGCCAGUCAUUCCUGCCACAGAUGGCCCCUUCCUUACGCAACGGAACCUCUCGCCCGUACUUCCUGGUGGAGUACACUGGAGAGGGACACGCUGCCCCUGAUCCGGCCUGCCCUAAGCUGGGUCCGGGCCUGUCUCAAUGCUUCCCGGACUGCGUGUGUGAAGACUCCUUCAACAACACAUACGCUUGCGUGCGCACCCUGACCGACUACAACAUGCAGUACUGCGAGUUUGCUGACAACGAGUCCUUUGUGGAGGUCUACAACUUGACCUCUGACCCUCAUCAGCUUGAGAACAUUGUGAAGAAGGUUGACCCUGCCGUCCUGCAGACCAUGAACCAAAGACUGAUCAGGCUUCAGUCCUGCGUAGGAAGCAGCUGCAGGGACACCAAGUAUUAGCCAAUCGCAACAGGGUGGGCGGGACCUUGACCCUCUACUAAGAUUGUUGAGCACUUUCUGUGGCAGUGAAGGAUGGAUCGGCCGACUCCGUUUGAAUGUGAACCAAAUUGUUUUUCUGUCUUCAUUUUUUUCCUUCUUUUUCUUUAUCAACUAUUUUGUGCCAAAGUCAGCCUGUUGGCCUGAAGAGGGAUUCCUUUCCAGUUUGUGAAUCCAGCCUGGUGUCUCUCAGCUUGUCAGUAUCAUUUUAUUAACUGAGACCUGUAAUAUCACAUCACUGGGAUCAUCUCAGUAAGUGCUCCUUCAGAAAAUUCAGUGUGGUCUUGAAUUUUUAUUUUUUUAUAUUUUUGGUUGUUGUUUUUUAAUAUUUCCUAAUUAAAAAAAGGAAGGCCAGGAAAGACCGAAGGGAAAAAGAAUAACUCAAAUUUUCAAACUGUGGGAAUCUUUUUUUUUUUUUUUUUUUGCUGAUAAACUGUGCCUUGUACUGAUGCUCUGGACCUUUGCACUGACGCAAAGAUUUCAUGAUUUUAUGCCUUUGUAUUGUGUUUGUAUAGCUGUCAAUAAAAUGAAAGUCAAUAAAAUAGAAAUGAAUCAAAAACUA